AUGAUGCCUCUGCAUGAGUUUUACCGUAUGUCUGAACAAAAAGUUGAUCAUAAAGAGAUAAACAAUUCUCAUACUCUUCCAUCUUCCUCAACCAUAUUGAAUUUCAGCCAUUUUGCAAAACCUGUUGCUAUUGGGAAGGCUAAUCUUCAGAAAAUUGGUUUGUGUUCUUCAAAAUCAGAAAGUGUGGGAGUAAAGAACAAUAGGGCUGAUUUGAAAUAUUUGGAGCCGGAAUCUCAGGAUGCGGAUGUUUCUUCGCCUGCUUGCAAAGAUGUGUCCAAGGUUGAUCGAACUUUGAAUCAAGUUCUUGGUGAAAGUGGUAGAAAUGGUCAAGAAGAUGUCGAAAAAUGUACAAAACCAGCAGAAGUCUCUUCUUCUGUUAGCUCGGACAACGGCGCGUAUAGAAGUUCAGAUGUCCCAAAUCAAAAUUUGAAGGGAAAAAAUAUAUACUCUGAGGAUUUCGAUUGGCACAGCCACAGUGAAGACGUUGAGGAUGAAUCGGUUGGUAUUAAAAGGACGGCUUAUGGACGAGGAGAUUUUGGCUCGAAGAGAAAUCGUUUGGCUGAAGUGCACAAUCUAUCUCAAAAGAAGCGAAGAGACACGAUCAAUGAGAAGAUGCGUACAUUGCAAGAACUCAUACCGAAUUGCAAUAAGGUGGAUAAAGCUUCAAUGCUGGAUGACGCGAUAGAGUAUCUUAAAACACUUCAACUACAACUGCGAAUUAUGUCAAUGAGAGGCGGUGAUUUAUACAUGCCGAUGAUGUUACCGGCGGGAAUGCAGCAGAUGCAUAUGUCUCCCUUUUCUCCCAUGGGUUUUGCCAUGCAAACGUGGGUAGGAGCAAGAUCAAAUCCUCAAAUGCUCGGACUUCCUGGCCAUGGACUCCACAUUCCAAUGCCGGGCGCUCCAAUGUUUUCUUUUCCAAUGCCCAAUGUGAACUCGCAAGUUAUGCAAAACAUCAAUGACUGUAACUCGGAAAAUCCAAUGUCUAUCCAGUGUGAAGCAACAAUUGGUCGUGUUUCAUCGACAAAUGACAAAGAAGCUUUUACUCUCAGUAAGGAAGACAACCCCGCGAUUGAUAAAUCUAAUGAGUAA